AUGAGAAAUCAAAGCCUAGGGAAGGAGAUGGGAGAAGCAGGGAAGGAGAUGGGGGGAAGCAGGGAAGGGGAUGGGGGGAUGGUGGGAGGGGGACGGGGGGAAGGAGGGAAGAGGACGGGGGGAAGCAGGGAAGGGGAUGGGGGGAAGCAGGUUAGGGGAUGGGGGGAGCAGGGAAGGGAUGGGGGCAAGCAGGGACGGGCAUGGGGGGAGGCAGGGGAGGGGACGGGGGGAAGCAGGGAAGGAAAUGGGGGGAAGCAAGUCGGAGGAUGGGGGGAAGCAGCGCAGGGGAUACGGGGAAACAGGGAAGAAAGGAAGGGUGUAUGUGCGGGUUGGAAAGGGGGCGUGACAAGUGUGCGAGGGGAGAUGAGGGAUGGGGAGGUGACGGAUGGGGAGGUGAGGGAUGGGAUAGGCUACGCGAUGGGCUUGGGGCAAUCUGGAGGGGAUUGUGAUGGCGCUGUGGACGGGAGAGUGAGGGCGCUGGGGUAG